AUUUAGGACUUUUUACAUGUCUCUGCUCUCUGUUACAGCAUUCUCGUCUCAUACACAUUUCAAAGAUGUCCUUACCUCGAUCUUCGCGGGGCCUGAUUCCGCGAGUCUCCCGUCGAUGCUACUCGAGUGCUCCCUCGCCUCGGGCGAAGCUUAACAUACCAAUUGAUUACAAGUCUACACCAAUCCUACACCAUACACCGUCCUCCCUAUCCAGUGUGCCCGAAUAUCCAGCGGCAGCUACGAGCAAGCGACUAAAUUACUUCCAGGCGAUCAACUCCGCCUUGCGGACAGCACUGUCUACUUCGGAUAAGGUCAUGCUCUUCGGCGAAGAUGUAGCAUUCGGCGGUGUCUUCCGGUGCUCGAUGGAUCUUCAAACAGAGUUCGGCUCGGAACGGGUUUUCAACACCCCUUUGACCGAGCAAGGAAUUGCUGGUUUCGCCAUUGGUGCUGCUGCCGAGGGCAUGAAACCCGUGGCAGAGAUCCAGUUUGCCGAUUAUGUUUUUCCAGCCUUUGAUCAGAUCGUCAAUGAGGCUGCAAAGUUCCGAUACCGAGAGGGUGGUACUGGAAUCAAUGUCGGCGGCUUGGUUAUUCGCAUGCCCUGUGGUGCGGUGGGACACGGCGCACUAUACCACUCACAGUCUCCCGAGUCCCUCUUUGCACACGUUCCCGGCGUCCGAGUCGUCAUGCCACGAUCACCCGCACAGGCCAAGGGUCUCCUUCUCUCCUCCAUCUUCGAGCACAAUGACCCUGUGAUUUUCAUGGAGCCCAAGAUCCUCUACCGAGCCGCCGUGGAGCACGUCCCUAAUGAAUACUACACAAUACCCCUGAGCAAGGCAGAGGUAAUCAAGCCGGGCAAGGAUUUGACGAUCGUCUCCUACGGCCAGCCACUAUACCUGUGCUCUUCUGCCAUCUCCGCGAUCGAAAAGACCAUGAAGGGUGUUAGCAUUGAGUUGAUCGAUCUCCGCACAAUCUACCCAUGGGAUCGUCAGACCGUCCUCGAAAGCGUCCGCAAGACGGGACGAGCCGUUGUGGUCCACGAAAGCAUGAUAAACUAUGGUGUUGGUGCCGAGGUGGCUGCCACGCUACAAGAGGGCGCUUUCCUGCGGUUGGAAGCCCCAGUCAAGCGAGUCGCCGGCUGGAGCACCCACACCGGCCUGUCCUACGAACAAUUCAUUCUGCCCGAUGUUGCCAGAAUUUUCGAUGCGAUCAAACAGACUCUAGAAUACUGAGUGUGGACCCUUCGGGAUGUUAUGAUAGACCAAAGUAUUCUUUACACAAAUAGCUUGUAAUGCACCAUAGCAUUAAGAUGUC